CAAUAAAAGGACAUCCAUUAUCAAUUGUAAAAGAAGAAAAGAGGAAAAGAAAAAUACAGAAUAGUUUUCUUCUUGUAUAAAUGCCCUAGUUAUUAUAAAUAAUAAAUAUAAAUAUAAAUACAUAAGACAUUCAAUUCUCUCAUUGUUUCUUUGCUUCUUCCUUCCCUUUUUUCUUCUCUUUCUAUUUUUCUUUCUUUGCUACCAUGAGCAGCAAAGGUGACGGCGGAGGCAGUGGAGGUGGCGCUGAAGGGUCAAGGGUUUCGAUCCCUGACAAUGCAAAGAAAACGAUCCUAAGCAUAAGGGAGAUCACAGGGAAACAACACAGUGAUGAAGAAAUCUAUGCAAUCCUCAAAGAGUGUUCUAUGGAUCCCAAUGAAACUGCCCAAAAGCUUCUUUAUAUGGAUACAUUCCAUGAUGUGAAACGGAAACGCGAUAAGAAAAAGGAGACAGCUGGUACACAAGGACGAGGAGGCCGUGGCAGUCGAGGGAACUAUUAUACAUUAUCUGGCAAAGAUGCUGGAGGUGGAAAGAAUGCAUUUGCUAGAAGGGAGAAUGGGGUUAAUCGUACCGCGGAUAGAGGUUCUAUGCCUUCGCCAGCAUCUCAGAAAGUGAAAAAUAAUGCAGCACUGCAAAUGACAAAAACAUCAACUGCUAUAUCCAAUGGUAGUACAAGUUUACCAAAUGGGAGCUCCAGUCAUGGACGUGGAACCCAAUCAUCCAUCGACGGUAUUAUUAGUGAAACUAAAGACAGCUUACCUGUAAACAAGCCAAAAACUAUUUCAGCACAAACAGCUGUCAGAGAACCUCCUGCCCCAAUUCUUGCUCAGUCCUUUAGCUCUCUGAUCAAAGGUCAAGAGAAGUCUGCAUCAAAUUUGAAUACCACAUCAACUUCUGCCACCUCACCAAUAGUGUCACGGGAUUCUGUUGCUGUGGAUACAAUACAAAGUGAACUUGGACUCCAACAAGAAGCUGCUGAAUUAAACCGAAUUCAAGGAAACAAACACAUUCCUUGGGAUAUGGACAUAUCUAAGACUGAGAAAAUGGUGUCUGAAGUUUCAAUCUCAAUGCAUGGAGAGGAGCCCAGCAAAUCUGAGGUUGCUGAACAGGUUAAGCAGUCCAUGCCUGUAGAGCAAGUAGUCACAUCUGAGGUUGCAGCUGUCACUGAUAAAGCCAAUCCUCAAUUGCUUGCUGAUUCAAAUGUUCGCAAUGGUCAACAUGUUAUUUUUCCUACUCACUUCCAAGUUUCUGAAGCGUUAAAAAAUGGCUUAACUUUUGGAAGCUUUGAUGCUAGUUUUGGACAAGUAUCAAAGCAUAAUAAUGUCACUGAUUUGGAGAUUAACUCUGCUAGGCCUGUUGAAACUUCUCUGUUUGUUGAUGAAACUGUUGGAGAGCCAUCUUCUAGUAGCCAAGGUAUAUUACCAGCUGGUGAAGGGGGCAAUGCUGAUCAACAACAAGCUCCUCGUGAGUUGGAGAAAGUGACUGAAUCAGAUGGCAAUGUUUCAUCUGAUACCAACUUGAAAGUUGAUCGGUCCAAUCAUGAAAUGCAUCUACAUCCAGAUAAUAAUCAGAGCACCAUUCCAAAUGUGCCAAGCUAUGGACUUGGUUUCGUGCCAGCAUCCAUGACUAAUGUUCCACAGUUUGAUGGACCUGAGGCUCGACCCCAUGAUGUUUCUCGUCUUACAAACUUCAUUAGUGGUAAUCCUCCAGCUCCAUCUGGCAGUUCAACUCCACCUAUUCAGAGUUCUGUUGCUGCAGCCCCACAAGCAGUCCAUCUUUUCCGGCAGCCAUUUCCACCUAAUUACUUUCCAUAUCCUCACUAUCUUUCACCCUUUUAUAUGCAUCCAAUGCAUCAAUUUUUAAACCCCACUGGGCUUCCUCAGCAACCUUCAACUGGCAAUGUAUACAUGGCACCCGGAGCAACUCCACCUGGGGUCAAAUUCCCUCUCCCACAGUUCAAGCCUGGAACAAAUGCAGGAAACCCUGCUCACCUUGCAAUUCCAUCUGGUUAUGGUCCAUUGACUUCUCCGCCUAUUGGUUUCAAUUUACCUCUUCCAUCAGUGACUUCUGGGAGCUCUAGCAGCAACGAGGAUAUUGCAGCAUUGCAGUUUAAGGAAAAUCAAAUAUACACAACUGGACCACUGAAUGAAGGUUCAGCUCUCUGGAUGCCUGCACCAGGGCAAGAUUUAUCCAACUUGCAGGUUAAUUCUUUAUACAACCUUCCCCUUCAUGGUCCACAGCUUCCUUUCUCUCCUGCACAGGCUGGUCAUGGUGCCUUUGCCGGACUUUAUCAGUCACCGCCACAAACAAUGGCUGCUCCUUCCAAUGUUAACACCCUAUUACAACAAUCUCAAUCCACAGCUGCAGCUGUUGGAUCCGUAGGUCCACCAUCUGGCACUUAUCAGCAGCCUCAACUCGCACAGGUUUUUGGACAGCAUCCCUGCAGAGGGAGGAAAAAAAGAUGCCAAGUUAAAGUCAACGCUGAUGCUCUCAUCUUUCGAUUGAAUAUCAAGAAUCUUUUCUUAGCAACAACUUGUGAACAAUGUUUUAUACCACUGUAACUCCAAUUCCAGAAUAUUAUGCUUUUUGGCAUCAAUCCGUUUAUUAAGUUGCUCCAGGAAAAACUCCAUAGGAUGAUUUUCAUCAAAUGCCAUAUCUGCUGCUGCCUUCCACGA